AUGUCUCGUAAAAGGGUUUUUCUUUUGUGUAUUUUUCUGGCCAUUUCUGCAAUUGUUGACGAAGCCGAGUCGUUGAAGAAGCCAAGCGCGACAACGAAUGUCUCCUUCCUGCAGUUCAGGGAAGAUGGUAAACCUCAAGAGGGACAGGCGGGGGACCACACGCAGGGGCAGGAGGAGCCAAGUGAACCCAUUGUGAAUACCCUGCCGUUGCAGGAAAAUGUAACUGAACCCACUAACCAUUCGGAGGAGUCCACUGGGGGAAACUCUGAGAAGGGAAAUGACGGCGCCCACGUGGAGCCAACACAGGGGGGAAGCAAUGGGGAAACCCCCCACGACGGAGAACACGACAAAGGGAACAACGGAAGCGACGCAAACGUUGGCGCAAGCGUCGGCGCAAACAUCAGCUCUAAUGGGGAGGUGGAGGGAACGACGCAUGGACACGCGCAACAAGCGCCAAACGACCAUGCCGGCGGGCAAGUGAGUAGUGAGAAUAAUGACGCACACAGUGAGAGUACCACCACGGGCUCUACUUCAGAUAAGGAGGAGCACGACUUGCAUACACACACCCCUUCAGAUAAAGAAGAAAACAGCUCCCCAGCCAUGACUAAUGUGCACAAUGAGGUAGACGCGAAAGGAGGAAACGCCUCUGAAUCGGCAACCUCAAGUGAAAAUGAAGCAUCCGGACAUAAUGUGCCCCAUGAGGUGCCACCCAAAAAUGCUGAGGACAGUAAGGAGCUGGAUUCCUACACGGGAGCACUGGUACCUUUUCAUGGCCACCAUGCCCAGCACGCAGCGAAUGCGGAGCAUGGGGGACAUACACCAGAACAUGCAGAAAAUGCUGCACACACAGACAAUGUUGGGCAUACAGAAAAUGCUGCACAUGCUGCACAUGCUGCACAUACAGAAAACGAUGCACAUGCUGCACAUGCUGCACAUGCUGCACAGGCUGCACAGGCUGCACAUACGGAAAAUGCUGCACAUACGGAAAACGCUGCACAUGCUGCACACACAGAAAAUGUUGCACAUGCUGAGCAUGAUGAACAUGAUGCACAUGCUGAGCAUGGAGAGCAUGAUGCACAUGCUGAGCAUGGAGAGCAUGGAAAACACGAGCAGGAAGGAGAACACGGUGAAGAGGGCGACCACCAGAUAUAUGGAACGCUCCACCCAGAGGUGGAAGCGUCCGUGUUGUCCUCGCUGAAGGAAAAAGGAAUCCACGUGUCCAGCACAGAAAGAGUAAUCGUUGAGAUCAUCGAAAGCGCCAAGGAAGGAGUAAAGGGAUUAUUAAAAUUACGUAAAAGCAAAGACACUGGAAAAUUGCUACAAGAGGCUCUAGAAAAACUGAAGAUAAAUCAAAGAGAUCUACACUCGAAUAAUAAUUUUAUUACCCUAGAAAUGUACGAUAAAAUUCUUUCAGAAAUAUUUAAAAUAUUAACAGAAAUGUCUUUUUAUAAGGAUGCCCAUUUUUACGGAACGUUAGGUUUAGACAAAUCUCUUCUAAACGAAUCGCUAAAACAAAUUAAAAUAAAAAUGCUGAGGAGCAUUGGAGUGGCAUAUACCAAAUUACCUCCAAUUGUUAAGAGUAAAGAGAAAGGAAGCACAUGUGCAGUUAAUAAUCUCAUCAUUAGCAUUACGUCAAAGGAGCUAGCUCAACGAAUGGCAAUUAUGUUUUCAAAAUGGCUAGCUCCAGAAGAAUAUGGAUCUGUGGUGGACUUGGAUAAAAGUAUAGAAUUAAAUGUCCUUUGUGCAGGGGCAACUAUCCUAGUACAACAAUGGAAGUACUACCAAAAUAUGUUAGGGUUCGAAGUGGGCAAUGAGCAUGCCUUUUUAAAUUUAAUCGAUGAGCUGUUAGUCAUUGACAAAAGACAUAGUAAUAAUGAACAGUAUUCUAAAGUACUAAAGAAAAUAAAAAAGUCCAAAGCUUUUAAUUAUUGUACAAAAGUUAUGAGGACUGCAGGAAAUAUUUCUUCUAUUCCAUUUAAUCAUGAAAACAAUAAAACGCCCAGCUAUUCCAUUGUGGGGUCGUUAGGGAACCUGGUGAAGGCUCACAUGGGCAAUUACUACACUGCCAUUGCUAACAGAAUAAACUCCUACUUUUCAUAUGCUGGCAAGAGGAAUAAAAAAAGUGGUCCUUUAAAAGUUAUCUCCGUUUGCACUCUCCUUCAUUUGACUGAUAUGCUUUUCAACUGCUCUGAUGAGCACAUGAAGAACAUUUUGGACCUCAACACUUUGAAGCUGAACAUUUUGAACAUGCAGGGAAAGCGUGUCCUGCAGCCCCUCGUCAAGAUGAGCUUCCUGACCGGGACGCAGAACGCCCUGCUGAAGGAAAUCUGCGAGCCCAACCACCACCUAAUAGACGAGACGCUGUCGAAGCUGCUCAACCUUGUCUCAACCAGUUCGCACGAAUUGCUCGCAGCUGAGGUGGAAAAGCGGGGCUUCGACGAGGACUACAUGCAGGAGGAAAUCAAAAAUAUAAACGAGAGCGAUAACAACAUUCGGGACAAAGGAGAAGACGAAGUGGAAAAUCUCAUUUUUGAAGAUUUGUGA